AACACAUAUCCAGUUGCGGACUCAGCAGAAGCUCCUCCUUCGUCUUCUUAUUCUUCUUCGAGCCCAAAUGAGUCAUUGAAUAUGUCUUCAAAAGAGUCUUUGAAUGAGUCUAUUGGUUCAUCAGCAACAAUCCAAUCUAGUCAAUUAGAGAUCUGCAGAAACCACGGAAAGAGUUUGAGUUCGCCCUGUUCUGGUCUCCCUGUGAUUAGAAACACCUAUUCAGUUCAUAAGUCUGGUAAAAAGCAGAAUGGAGAUAAAAUACCAUCAAGUGAAGAAAUCAAACCUGGAGCUGUAAACCAGGAGAAAGAAAUGACAGAUGAUGGGUAUACUGAGACUCAUGAUGAUCCUCUGAACAUUUGCGAAAUUAUAAAAUCUAAGUCAGAUUCUCAGCCAGAAUUUGUUAUUAAACUUGAUCAACUGGAGCGUAAAGUACAUCAUCUAGAAACUCUUCUAUAUCAGUACACUGGAGGAGCAUUUACAUCCCUUGACUAUCCAUUAAUGGAGGCAGAAGAGGAUUUACAUAAACUAAACCAGGAGCUCAAGAAUCAAGAGUUUAGGAUGGCAAUGUUGAUUAGUCUGAAGAGAGAGGUUGGUAGGAAUGAUUGUGAAACAGUUCGAAGAAUAUUUAGGAAGAUUGGAAGCACUAAACUGUGGAGUAAAGCGAGCUUUAAAGGACAACGAUUGGGAAAAAUAAGUUUUUCUCGAUACAAGCACAUUAUCGCGCUUAUAGAACAAGCCACAGUUGAGCUGCACCCCAUGAGUCCAAGGAAGGAUAUAGAAGAAGCUAUGAAAGCAUUCUUAAAAUGCCAGGGAAAAGUAGCAAAGAAUGAAUUGAAACGGAAAAGGGGCUCCGACUCGGAGGGUGACUCCGACGAAGGGAAAACGGAGACGAGCAGAUUAAACCAAGAAAUCAACCUAGAGAUAAAAGUGGAGAAGAAUUAUUUUUAAAGGGACUGAGGACGUAAUUUCAAGGGACAAAAAGGCAUGUCAGAUUCACAACGGAACUAAUAAAAGCGUUAUGUGGUCAAGAAUAAAGUGUGGUUUCUCUACUAUAAAUGUGACUUGUGGAUACCUGCUAUGGGAUUCAUAAAGGAAAGUUGUCAGAAUUAAACAUUUUGUAAGCUAUGGCAACGACGAUACCGACCACAUUUUUGAUUAGAGAAAGGUUUUUUUUGUAUACAGCAAAUGUGCAGAGCUAACAGGCCCAUUUUGCUCAAUAAGCGAUUUAAUCAGUUACUAGUAAAGCCAUUUGCUUGGUAACGACAUCAAAUACAUUCAAUUAUUGCAACAAUGUCGUCUUCCUAUACAAGAGUUGGUUCUCACUGUACAAUCUUAAAAUAUUUGUGUUUAGAAAAUUAUUCGUGUUCCAAUUGUUUUCAGCAUUUCUUGAUAUAUCGACAAUAUUUUUGUUGUGAAAAAUGAUAAGCAUUGUGAAAAUUGAUUAAUUGACACUUCACAUUUAAUGUAGUUUCGCAAUUGCUAAACUUAACUGAAACGAGAGUUCUAUACGAUGCUAAGAUACUGUUUACGUCCAGGCGGAAAUAUUUCUAGUAAAGAGACUGUAGACUUAUGUUUUUUUUGUCAUAGCAAUCAGUUUAAUUGUGGUUCAAGCAUUUAUACAGUGGUAGGCGAUUUCACAAAUACAAUGAAGACGACUUUCGAUUUUAAUUUUUAUUUAAAUCAAAUUGUUUAACAGCAUGGAUACAUAUAAACAUAGCAGGCAAGACAAGCUGUCAAUUAACAAAGCUUCUUUUUGAUUACGUAUAAACUUGUAAUACGAAAACAAUAAAAAUUUAAAAUAACAAAGUAGUCUUCAUUUUUUGUUAUUAUCGCCUACCACUGUAGAUAAACAAAAAAAUAUAUUACAAUUGCAAAGGUAUAAAAAAGGCUUUUGUCACAAAUGUAUGAAAAUCAAAGAAAAUUAAAUAGUAGAGUAUAAUUGAAAUGUAGGAAAAGUGCAGUGUAGGAGAAAUGAUGUGUAGGACAAACGGGGUGUAGGACAAAUUAUGUGUAGGGCAAAUAAGGUGUAGGACAAAUGAGGUGUGGGACAAAUGAGGUGUGGGACAAAUGAAGUUUUCCCCGCCAUUUAGGACAUAUAAUGUGUAUGACAAAUUAUUUGAAUGACAAGUGAUUGUAGUUCAAAUAAUUGUAGGAAAAAUUACAUAGCGCUUGGGGUAUAAGAUAUGAGGAAUAUGUUGCGCUGUACUUAGAGGAAAGAAAGGGGGGGGGGGACUGACCUAGCUUGCAGUAAGCUGGUUUAUUCCCAGUCUUUCUCAUUCUUUCAGCACUUGGGUUUAAUUUUUAACAUCCUGAUUUCUCAUUUUACCAAAGGAUGCUUUCACCUCUUGACGAUACCUUUUUUUUUUGAUAUCAGUGUAAAUUUUUGUUUGCAGUUCUUUUUUUUAUUUAUUUUAUGUUACAAGACUCUUUGCCCUUAAAAAGUAUAACUUGUUUUAAAACAUAUUUCAGAGAGAAUAACAGAAAUUAUGGAAGAAGAUAAAGUUACCAUCAAAAAAGAAAUCUCUACUAUAGAGGAUACGUGUACUGUGUAUGUUGCGGGAGAAGAUGUAAAAGAGAAAAGGACAGAAAAUCAAGAUGAAAAUAUCAAGAUUGAAGUAGAUCCCCUGUUCUCUGAACAAAAGAGACUUAAAAAGAGUAAGCUGAGAGAUAAAAGAGAUACAAGUUAUCCCUGUGGAAAAUGUGAUUAUGUGGCAACUCAAUCCGGUAAUUUGAAGACACAUAUUCUAAGUAAACAUGAAGGAGUGAGAUAUCCUUGUUAUCAUUGUAAAUACGCUGCCGCUCAAGCAGGUGGGCUGAAGAAACAUGUUGAAAAUAAGCAUGAAGGAGUAAGAUAUCCUUGUUCUCAUUGUAAAUAUGCUGCCGCUCAAGCAGGUGGGCUGAAGAAACAUGUUGAAAAUAAUCAUGAAGGAGUGAGAUAUCCCUGCGAUCAGUGUGAAUAUGUUGCUACUGGUGUACUAAAUCUGAAUCGACACAUUGAAACUAAACAUG